AUGAAAAAUCCAAAUCUAAAUCCAAAUCCAAACUCCAACCCAAUUCCAAUUUCAAAUCUACUUAAAAGUCCAAAUUCGAGUCCAAAUCCAAGUCCACAUCCAAUUAAAAAUCCAAAUCCAUAUUCAAAUCUAAAUCCAAGUCCAAAUCUAAACCCAAAAUCGAGUCCACAUCCAAAUCAUAAUCCAAGUACAAAUCCAAAUCCAUAUCUAAAUCCUAAUCCAAAUCCAAACCUUUCGUAUCAGAGCAAAUCAAAGGAAAGAAAAGGCCAAGGCGAGAGCCAAUCCAAAAAACNUCCAAAUCCAAAUCCAUAUCCAAGUCCUAAUCCGAAUCACAACCCAAUUCCAAAUCAAAAUCCAAAUAAAGAUCCAAAUCCAUGUCCAAACCCAAAUCCAAACCAAAGACCAAAUCUUAAUCCAAGUCCGAAUACAAAUCCAAAUCCCAACCCAAAUACAAAUCCAUAUCCAAAUCCAAAUCCAAACCCACAUCCAAAUCCAAAUCCAAAUUCAACUCCUAACUUUAUCGUAUCAGAGCAAAUCAAAGGAAAGAAAAGCUAA